GCAUUUUUGUAGGUGAGUGGCUAAUGCAUCAUGCGUGUACUUUCUAGAGUUGAUCAUCUCGAUUUGUGCUACUUCAACUUCGGACGGAUAAUUACCAUUCGCAACUUCUUUUAGCAUUUAGUAAAGGAGCUACAUAAUGGAGGGAUCAGAUACGGAUAGAAAGAAGAAAUGGAAACUGAAGAAGAUAAAUAAAUGUUGGUUCUUAGAUGUUGGCGGUAAACUGACACGGAUGAAUAUCCUGAACAAUGCUACUGAUGUUCACAUAGAGGACAACAUUAUUUUUGCAGAUGAUCUUGUAUUUCAACUGAUUGAAGAAAGUGACAAAGAAAUUAGGGUUAUAGAGAUUAAAGACAUAUGCCAAAAAGAUACGACUUCUGAAUAUGAGAAAAAAGAAAGAGAUCUCAAAACAGAAAAGGAGUCUGAUGAAAGAAGAAAUGCAGAAAAAAAGGAAUCUGAAGAGUCUUUGAGAAAAGAGAGUGAUCGAGAUGAGCAUAUGGCACAAGAUGUUCCUCUUACACGUCAAAAUAGAAGUUCAAGAGUGGAACUUCCACUCGUAGAAGAUCCGGAUGAUGAUGAGGAGACAUGGUCAGAUUCGGACCAAGAGAUAAAUCAUGAGCAUGGAAGUGAAGAUUAUGUAUCAAAGAAAGGAAAGCUUAGGGGUCUCUUUAAACGAAUUAAGCGAACUUUAAAGAAGAAGUCAACUUCAAAGCAGAAAGAAGAACCUUUGUAUGAAGACAUUUCAAACACUAGUAAAGAUUUAACGCCAGGGAACGGUGGCAGUGGAGACGAUGAAGGCGAUUACACUUUAUUCACACCUAUAAAAUGGCACAGUGUCAGUUCUGAUGCCGUCCUGGGAGCGAGGAUAGUAACAGCAAUAUUUGAUUUCAAUCAAUUUUCUGAGGGCGAACUUAGCUUUCGAAAAGAAGACACACUGAAACUUUGUGGAGAAACUUUAAGCGACAAUUCUGACUGGUGUUAUGCUGAACGCUUGAUUACCGGUAAGAAAGGCUAUAUUCCAUUAGCCUAUGUCACUGAAGAUAUUCGUGCAUUGGAGGCACAAGUCUGGUGGCAUGACAUUAGCAGGGAAGAUGCGGAGGUAUUGCUAAGAAAGUCCAGUGGAUCUCUUGGAACAUACCUUGUAAGACCGUCUGAGAGAGAAGAUAUGCUGGUACUCUCGAUGUUGGCUCCAGGCAAGGAAUUAUCCAAUAGAGCACGUGUUGCACACAUUCAAAUCAAGUCAAACUAUGGACGGCUAUCUAUAGGUUCAAGAAGAUAUUUCACUGACAUAUUCGGCCUUAUUCAUUUCCAUAAGUGCAAAGCUGAUGCCCUUCCAUGCCAACUAAAGAAACCAGCUCUGAGGCAAAAUCCUGUUGUUUAUCCCAGGAAUUUAGAAAUUGUAAGGGAGUCUGUUUCUUUUAUCAUGUCAGUCCAAGUUGGUAAAUAUGGAGAACUGUUUACAGGUAAGUUGAACAACACAAUCGAUGUAACUAUCGUGACAAAGUGCAAACUGGCGGUGGAUCAUUUCUUAGCAGAAGCGAAGACUAUGUAUACAUUCCGGAAAUCCAGACACUUUGUAAGAAUGUUAGCUGUGAUAAUAAAACCUGAACCAUUUAUGAUCAUACUCGGAGAGACGGUUCACAACACGUUACAAACAUACCUGCAGAGAGAUGGAGGAAGCACUAUAACCUUCAAGUCUUUGACUAAAAUGGCUGCCAAG